AGCAGCAGGAGUGGUGAAACACAAUGCUCAGCAUUUCAGGAGGUUUCUCGCUCCAGGUCUUUGACUGAUACCCAUGUCGCUUUCUCCUGCAUGCCUGGCCUCCUGAAAAUGCCCACGAGAGGAGCUCCUCAUCCGUGGACACUCGUGGUGCUGCUGCAGCUGGCGCUUGUCCCACCAGAGCUGGCAGGCUGCCUCCUCAAUUCCUGUCUGGAGGUCAUCCCUAACAAAACUUUCAGAUGCACAGAACUGAAUGUCCCUGGAGUUCCUGUCGAAGUCCCAAAUAUCACCCAGAACUUGGAUCUCAGUUUCAGCAAUUUGAAAUCACUGGGAUCAAAUUAUUUUUCAGCAGUCCCUGAACUGCAGCUUCUGGAUCUUACAAGGUGCCACCUCCAUACAAUAGAAGAUAACUCUUUUAAGGAUCUUCAUAGACUUUCCACCUUAAUUUUAACUGCCAAUUCCCUCCAGUACCUGGGGACAGCAGCCUUCCAUGGCUUAACAUCUCUGAAAAAACUAGUAUUGGUGGAAACCAGCAUAGCCUCUCUGACUGACCUACCCAUUGGACACUUGCAUACCUUGCAGGAGCUGAAUUUGGGCCACAACAACAUUGCUUCAGUGAAGCUUCCCAAGUAUUUCACCAACCUGACUUCUCUGAGGUACCUGAGCUUUCGCUCCAAUAAGAUCACAUAUAUCUCCAAAGGAGACCUUGAUGCCCUGAAGGAAGCAAACAGGCUCAACCUCACCCUGGUGCUUUCCUUGAAUGAUAUAAAACACAUAGAGCCAGGGUCCUUUGCAAACAUUCACCUUGGUGAGCUGGUUCUAAGGUCCUCUUUUGAGAGCUCACAUGUGAUGCAUUCUCUUCAAGGCCUGACUGGUUUAAAGGUCAGCAGACUAAUAUUUGGAGAAUUCAGCGACAGUAAGAGAAAGCUAGACUCUGAGACUGGCGUCUUAAGUGGACUGUGUCAGGUACAAAUGCAAGAAUUUGUCUUAAUGAGUUACAGGAAAUUUGAGAAAAAGACAGACACUCUUUUUGACUGCACACACAAUGUCUCCAGUAUUCGGUUGGUGGACCUAGAAAUUGAAGAGUUGUCACAGGUUCCUAUGUUCUCCCAAGUGAAACAGCUGGAAUGCAAGAAAUGCAAGUUUAAGGAAGUGCCUGCCAUGAAGCUCUCUCUUUUCAAGGAGCUGAGAGUGCUUCGUAUUACCAAGAGCAAACACCUCAGUAGUUUCCAGGAGAAAUUUGAGAGUCUAAGUAACCUGGAGAUCAUAGAUUUGAGUGAGAAUCGCCUCUCCAUCUCUGGCUGCUGUUCCUUUCAGUUUCACAAGUGUCAAAAUUUGAAACACUUGAACCUAAGCUUCAAUUCUGAUGUAAGAAUGAAUGGGGAUUUCACUAAUAUAAAGAAUUUGCUAUAUUUGGACCUGCAGCACACAAAGUUAUAUGGUCCUGGCUCCUACCCUGUCUUUCUAUCCCUUCAGAAACUCAUUUACCUUGAUAUUUCCCAUACCAGUGUUUUUGUUAAAUCCCAGUGUACAUUUUGUGGCUUGAACUCUUUGCAAGUGCUCAAGAUGGCAGGCAACUCCUUUGAGAACAAUAAAUUGGCCAACAACUUCAAAAACCUAAGUCACCUCCACAGCUUGGAUAUUUCAAGUUGCAAAUUAGUACAGGUGGAUAAAGGUACAUUUGACGCCCUCUCUGAACUAAAAGAGUUAAACAUCAGCAACAAUAAGCUACUGAGCUUUGAUCCUCUAAUCUACAAGCCUCUCCAAGCCCUCACAGUCCUGGAUUUCAGCAACAACCGGCUGAGUGUUCUGUUGGACUCGGCCCUGGAAAUCCUGCCUGAUAGUCUGGUCCUGUUAGACAUCUCUCAAAACGUGUUUGACUGCUCUUGCGUAUACAUGAACUUUCUGAAAUGGAUCAAGAAAAAGCAGGAGCUACUGCAGAACAAGGAGUUGAUGAUAUGCCACACGCCUGCAUACAUGAAGAACAUGAGCCUGUCAGGUUUUGAUUUGUCCUCCUGCCAACUCAAAGCAAGCACAGUGGCAUUCUCAGUGAUCACGUUGCUCGCUGCAGCAGUGAUCCUCUUCAUGAUUUACAAGUACUACUUCCAGAUAUACUACUCAUUGGUGCUGCUCACUGGGUGUAAACACUCUGCAGAAAGGGGUGACACCUACGAUGCGUUUGUUAUCCACUCCAGCAAAGACCAAGAAUGGGUGAUAAAAGAGCUGGUGGAACCCUUAGAAGGAGGAAAACCUCCCUUGCAGCUUUGUCUUUAUUACAGGGAUUUCCUACCGGGAGUACCCAUUGUCACCAAUAUCAUUGAAGAAGGUUUUCUGAGUAGCAGAAAUGUCAUCGCAGUCAUCUCUACUGACUUUCUGGAGAGCAAGUGGUGUAGCUUUGAGUUUGACAUUGCCCAGUCCUGGCAGCUUGUUGAAGGAAAGGCUGGAAUCAUCAUGAUUGUACUAGAAGAAGUGAAUAAGGCCUUGCUGAGGCAGAGGCUGGGUCUGUCCCGAUACCUGAGGAGGAACACCUAUCUGGAGUGGAAAAACAAUGAAAUAAGCAGGCACAUCUUCUGGCGGCAGCUGACAGAUGUCCUGCUAGAAGGCAAAAGAUGGAAUCAUGAGCAGAUAAAGCUCAUGUGAGAGAAAGAGAGAUCACUUCUGUCCUGUCUCCCAUCCUGGCCUUGGCUGGUCGCUGGUGCUCAGAAGGUGGUUCUUCUGUGGCUGUUCAGAGUUGGGGGAUGUAAAAGCACUACAGAAAUACCUGCCUUGGUGGUCACCCUUUCUCAAGGGAACUUGCAAGCGAAGGAGUGACAACAGCUAGAAGAGCUGCAUAUCUGAGGUCCAUGCUUGUUUAUAGCUGUGGACCAAAGCUGGUCCAGCAAUCCACACAGGUCCGUGGCUUGGCGAAUAGACGGACUGCUCUUACCAUCAUUUGUCUGCCUCUGAAACUGGAUUUGGGUCCUGAGGCCAUUUACCAAGUGGAACUUCAGGGUCUGUUGCUUUGAGUAGUCCCCAGGAUCUCCAGGGGAGAGAAAAGGCACAGGAUUCUUGGCUCUAAAAAUAGUGGGACCCAGAAACAAGAUUUGGAUCCUGAAAGUCUUCAGUCUGCCUCCUUAGGCACCAUGACACAGGGGAAAAACCCUACAGAGGGAAAUGGGGUGCCCUACAACCGCAGACCACCUGGCAGCUACUCAGUGAAGCUGAGCAGUUAUGUCAUCGCUGGGGGGGGAGGUUGCUGAUGGAAAUUUCCCCAACAUGUUUAUUUCAGUUUUCUUUGAACCGAGACUAAAUAUUGAACACCCCAAGUAUUUCCAUUACCUGGAACUCUUAUUUAUAUCCAGAUUAUAUAGCAUUUGAGAGUGGUUUCAAGUCUUUUGAUAACCACAGAUCAGUGGGAGCAGAAGAAGCUGCAGAAAUGCUUGAUACCUUUUUUAAUCAGGAUAUUUCUGCUCCAACUGCUUCUCCUUAUCCAGUGUUUCUAGAUAUACUGUGUGGGACUGUCCUAUAUGAGGAAGAUUGAGCCUGAGCAAACUGUUUUGAUGUUUAUAGCCAGCCAGUUCUUGAAUAAGCUUUUCCACUCUCUGGACCAGCCUUAAUUCACUGUUGGAAGGCACUGCAGGAGCCUUCAGCCCAUGGUUUGAAAUGGGCUUUAGAUAUGUGUGGAGCUAGCAAUGAGGCUGAAAGUCCCUCGUCCUCCCUCCCAUCACGCUGUGGCAGCCUGUGGUCCUGGUGGGCAUCUCAAUAUGCGUGCUCAGCCUUUCCAAUGGUUCGGCUGAUACUUUGGACGGGACAGUCACUGGAUGGGAGAGUUUUGCCUUUGUUUUACUGAGAAUGUGCCUGACAUUUUGCGGUGAGAAUAGAUAGAGGAGAAAAGUCUGGGUUAGCCAAACUAAAUGUAUCCCAGCACUGCCCUGAAAAAAAGGCAAGGAAAGUCUAAAUGCCAUUGAAUCAUAUUACAGAGCACUCCAUUGAUGUGUUGAAUAUUGAACACCGCUCUCUAUUUACGGAAGGCUUUGGUUGGGAUUAAUCACUGAAUUAGUCUAGUUUUAAACUUGCAAAUCCUUCUAUAAUCAAUGACGUUCUACAGAGAUAAAACAGAAGCAAUUGAGUGGUGAAUCAGAUCUGAUAUUUAUUCAGAAGGAAGGGCCUGAUCCAUCUCACUUUUCUAAGCACCAGUCAGUGACAUCUCCGUGGAAGCCAGUGGUGAGAUCGACAUCAGACACUAUUUGCAAAAGCCUGAGAGCUAGUUCCAGGGCUUGGGCUGGCUAAAGCUGAAUCACGGUUCCCUCCCUCUGUGCUGUGUCAGUAGUACAUUGGGAUAACACUACCAAAAACCCCCACAGGCCUCUCUAAGGGUUUUUGUGACCCAUGAGAUGAAGCUUUAAUAAAACCAAGCUCGAUGUUCACUUGCCCAGCGAGUUUGUUUUGCAUCUGCUAAGUAUUGUUGCAGCAAUUUCCAAAGUGCGGUGCUCCUCACCUCUGCUGUGAUUGAUGGGCCCAAAGCGCUGCACCUUGCCAGCAGACCUGCCUCCUCACCCAGAGCAGAGGCGGCUGGGGCUGGGGAGGGGGUGCAGUAAACCAGGGCACAGCUUGAGGUUCCCUGGCUUGAUGCCAGAGGAGGGCAUGGAGAACAAAGCAAAUAUUAGCUCAGUUUUCAGCAGCUACAAGUUAAAUUGAAAAACAAAAGAGGAAAAAUUAAAUGGGGUGGGAGUUCCUGCUCCUGAACUGAGCAGCACUGAAGAGGCAUUUCUCCCUCGCUCUUUCUCUCUGUGGCUCCUCACAAACAAUUUGUAUAUGUAUUUCUGGCACAAAGCAGAGCGUCCUAUGAUUCUUGAUUGUAAUUAUAAUAAUGAGUUUCAGAAAGCCUGCAAGUAGUUUGGGCAUUAUAAUAAGGGUUUAGGACAGUAUUGUUUAAAAAGCGAGUGUUUGUUGAAUAUCAAAGCAACUUUAGGAGGAGAGCUGCCACGUGCGCAAUUUAAAAAGAAACUAGUAACUUGUUCUUUUCUUCCUCUUCAGAGCCUCUAUAGCAGAGCUGGAUACGUGACUUGCCCCAGGCUUUUUUACUUCCUGAGAGAAAGUGCCGACCCCACCAUAGCUUCUGGAAGGGGUGAGGGGAGCGAGACGGUUCAGUGAGACAGAGACUGGAGGCUGGAGCAUUCAGGAAACAAGGGAGUUUGGAAGAGGUUCAUCCUCUGCAGCCCCGCAGUCACUAUCCCUCCUGCUUCCCUCCAUGCGUUUAGAGAUUUGGCUAGGCCUCAGCCGUAGUUGGAGCUUUGAAGACACGAACUGAUUUCUUUUAUCGCUGAGACCUUCAGCAACAGAACCGGGAUUACUUUUUUUUUGCUGCGUGGCACAAGGAGGCUCAGGAAGGGCUGGCUGGUGACAUGAACACCCCGUGAUGGGACCUGGGUGCCAGGCACAGCCACGUGUUGUAAACGCCUGCUGGAUGAGCGGCUCCCAGCCCUCCCUGCGGGGGCAUUAACCUGCCCUGGCACUGCCUGUCCUCCGUACUUUGUGGUGUCUGAGUCUAGGAGGGAAGAGGCUGUGUGAACAAUUGUAUUUUCACCAUUUAGCCAGCAGAGAAAAAGUAGACUUGCUUUUGGAAACUCAAAAUAACUUUCCCCAAUACUAUAAAUGGGGAAAACAUUGUGGUGCAAAUGGAAGCAGACACACCUCUUUGCCUUUUUUAUAGGAAGCUAAUUUCUAAAGUAAAACCAAAUGUUCUCAUGUCUCCAAACAUGUUGGCAUGCAUUGUUGUUUGAAAAUGUUCACUGUGCAGCAGGUAGCUUUGAUAUUUAUUUUUUUUGGUGAAUAAAUGAGCAGCCAACCAAACGUU